GUAUUUGGAAAGCAUUCUUCCUGCCCAUCGUGUGGAACAGCGAGGGGGGCCAAGUCAGUCGGUGAUUGGCUCUGUCCGAACUCUGCGUGCGUCAACGCGAAGAACUGUGUCUUCGCGAGUAAGAGCAGCUGCCCCAAGUGCGGAGCGCAGAAGCCAUCGUACGUGCAGAGCGCUGGCACCGGUGGCGGUGGCACCCGUGGCGCCUGGACAGGUGGUGGCUGCGGCGGCAUGGAUCCUCAGAUGAAGAACGUUAUGGCCACCCUGGCCAAAAUGACGGGCAUGCAGUUCAAUCUGCGGGACUGGCCGUGUCCGAACGAGGAUUGCGUGAACAAUACCCGAAUGGUUUUCGGCAAGCACGAAAGCUGCCCACAGUGCGGCAUGGGCAAGCCUGCUUGGGCCAACCUUGGAAGAGGCGGUGAAAAUCCCGCCGACUGGAAGUGCCCGUCACCAGACUGUGUGAACAACAAGAAUUUCGUCUUUGCAAAGCACGAUAUCUGCCCGCGGUGCAGCAUGCCCCGGCCUGACGGCGGGAUGCGACAACGUUCGCGAAGUCCCCUCCGCAUGAGAUGA